AUGCCAACCCAACGACCUUUCUUCCAGAACUUCCUCGCCGCUUUCCGAGCCCACUCCGCCAUCCAGCAAGGCAAAGCUGGCUCAAAUCCCUCACCCUCUUCAUCAACAACUCAACCGCAUAACCCCACCUCUCCUUCACAACCCCGAGCAAUAGCCACGUCCUCCAAAGGCGGCAACACAACCGCUGCCCUCUCGACCCUACACUCGCCCCGUACCCACAGCGCAUCCCCCUUAUCCCGCUCUCCGGGUACAUCUCCAUCCGCAAACUCCACGGAAAUGGCACAUUCGCCACCGGCCCAAGGCAGAUAUGUACCAGGCAUGGCAGCAAGGAGAGGAAGUGAUAGCAGUAGUGAGGGGUUUAGAGAUGUCCUUGGGAAGGAGAAGUGGUAUAUCGGGGGAAGGACGGCGACGGGGGAAGAACGGUAUUUUAAGUUGGGGGUUGUGAGGAGGCAGAGAAGUGCGGAUCGGUUGAGCUUAGAUAGGCUGAGCCUGUAG